GGUGCGGGAGAGGGACGCAGUGAAGCUGGCCUCGGCUCGGAUAUGACUUAUGUCUAUUUAAUCGAGGUUUAUUUGCUGCUUAGUAAUUGCACGGGCUUCGGAUGAAUCUUUGGCUUCUAACUUCUCAUCACUCCCUUCACUGAUUUCCAUGUCUUACUUGUGAGUUACCAAACGGGAUAAUCAGGACUGCACAUCGUCCUUUACUGAUUGUCUGUGACUGGUCCAGGCCGGAGUUCCUUGUUGGGCGACCCACACUCCUUCAAAGGGGCCAUGGAGGAGGAGGGGCAGCAGAGCUUGGAGUGUAUCCAGGCCAAUCAGAUUUUCCCCAAGAAGUCUCCCGUUCUGGAGGAGGAAAACAUGCAGGUGCCCUUUCCUGAGCUGCACGGGGAGUUCACAGAGUAUGUGGGGAGAGCAGAGGAUGCCAUCAUUGCAAUGUCCAACUACCGCCUACACAUCAAGUUCAAAGAGUCUGUUGUCAACGUUCCUCUUCAGCUCAUAGAGAAUGUGGAGUGUCGGGACAUGUUCCAGCUCCAUGUCACCUGUAAGGACUGUAAAGUCGUCAGGUGUCAGUUCUCUACCUUUGAGCAGUGUCAGGAAUGGUUGAAACGUCUGAAUGUGGUAGUGCGCCCUCCCUCUCGCCUGGAGGACCUCUUCUCCUUCGCCUUCCACGCCUGGUGCAUGGAGGUAUAUGCUGGUGAGAAGGAGCAGCACGGCGAGCUAUGCAGACCAGGCGAACAUGUGACCUCCUGGUUUAAGAACGAGGUGGAGAGGAUGGGCUUUGACACUCAAAACGCCUGGAGGAUAUCUGACAUCAACAGCAAGUUCAGGCUUUGCCCCAGCUAUCCUCAGCAGCUCCUGGUGCCAGCCUGGAUCACUGACAAGGAACUGGAAAAUGUGGCAGCCUUCCGCUCCUGGAAGAGAUUUCCUGCUGUGGUUUAUAGACACCAGACCACAGGAGCUGUGAUAGCCCGCUGUGGCCAGCCAGAGGUCAGCUGGUGGGGCUGGAGGAACGCUGAUGAUGAACACCUGGUCCAGUCCAUCGCAAAGGCCUGUGCCGUGGACAGCAGCUCCCGCAAACAUCUUUCCAACGGCAACUACACCAACGGCACUGACCUGCCUGAUACUGACUUUGAAUCCUCCAUGACCAACAGCUCAGAGGUGGAGACGUUGGCCACUCAGCCCCACAAGUUACUGAUCCUGGACGCCAGGUCCUACGCUGCUGCUGUGGCUAACAGAGCCAAAGGGGGAGGCUGUGAAUGCCCAGAGUACUAUCCCAACUGUGAGGUGGUGUUUAUGGGCAUGGCCAACAUCCACUCCAUACGCAAGAGUUUCCAGUCUCUGCGUUUCCUCUGCACUCAGAUGCCUGAUCCAGCCAACUGGCUUUCUGCACUGGAGAGCACCAAGUGGCUGCAACACCUGUCCCUGCUGCUGAAGGCGGCACUGCUGGUGGUCAACGCUGUGGACAGAGACCACAGGCCCGUCCUGGUGCACUGCUCUGAUGGCUGGGACCGCACACCUCAAAUUGUUGCUUUGUCCAAGCUGCUGCUGGACCCUUACUACCGCACUAUUGAGGGAUUCCAGGUUUUGGUGGAGACUGAUUGGCUUGACUUCGGCCAUAAAUUUGCUGACCGCUGCGGCCAUGGAGAAAACUCUGAGGACCUGAACGAGCGAUGCCCUGUCUUCCUGCAGUGGCUAGACUGUGUUCACCAGCUCCAGAGGCAGUUCCCGUGCUCCUUUGAGUUUAAUGAGGCAUUCCUGGUAAAACUGGUGCAGCACACCUACUCCUGUCUGUUUGGCACCUUCCUGUGUAACAGUGGCAAGGAGAGGGAGGACCGGCAUGUUCAGGAGAGGACCUGCUCAGUCUGGUCACUGCUGAGACCAGCCAACCGCACGCUAAGGAACAUGCUGUACUCCUCACACUCCGAGACAGUUCUCCACCCAGUGUGUCACGUACGCAACCUGAUGCUGUGGACGGCAGUCUACUUGCCCAGCUCCUCACCGACCACCCCCUCCGAUGACUCCUGCGCCCCCUACCCUGUUCCAGGUGGCAACCCUGAGGACGCACCCCUGGGCAGACGGACGAAGACUCGCUCCUUCGACAACUUGCCCAGUGCAUGUGAGCUGGGCAGCUCGCUGGCUCCCAACCGCCGCUCCAGUGACCCGAGCCUCAAUGAGAAGUGGCAGGACCACCGGCGCUCUCUGGAACUCAACAUGGCAGUGGGGCCUGAGGGAGGGGGAACCCAGGAUCAGGAGGCCCGGCCUAAUGGAAUGGGGCCUUACCCAGACGGAGUGGACUCUGAGCUGGAAGAGAGCCCACAGCCCCGCGGCUCACAUGUUGAGCUCGGACAGGUAGCCUCUAUGAACACGGCAGAAUCAGGAGAGGAGGCGGAAGAGGCAGAGCUGUCUGUGGCGGUGGGUGUAGCCGAGGGCCAGAUGGAGAAUAUCUUACAGGAAGCCACUAAAGAGGAGGCAGGAGCAGAGGUUCAGAAAGAGGGAAGUGCUGCUGUCACAUAUGUCACUAACACUGUUGACACAGAGGUGGAGAAAGAAGCACAAGUUGAAGAGAAUGAGUGUGCUAAGAUCAAUGACACUGACAUGGAGACAGAAGUGUUUGCUAACGGUCAUCAUCCAGAAAAUGGUGUAAUGGAGGCUGAGGAGGAUGGUAAGUCUCCUCUGCCAACUCAAAAGGCAGAGGAACAGAUUCAACAUGCAGCUGAGGCGACUCAGGCUCUAGAGGAUCUGGUAAAUAAGGUUGUAGAGAACUCCUCUGUACAAGAGGAGCUUGCUCAUGGACCCAGUGAGUCUGGCUCCAGUGAGCCAGAGGAGCCUGCAACCCUUAGAACUAUAACCAACGGCUUUGUAGACAGGUCACCUGAAGAGCCAAGUGUGGAUGGGGAGACCUGCCCUGACUCUGAAUCUGACCACGAUGUCUCAGAGCCAGUGGAGCACGUGGAUAAGAAGGCCUCUCUGAUGGAAAGUUCCACAGAGACUUUAACUGAAGAGGCUUGCAGCAGGUUGGAGCUACCAGCACAGCCGCCUGUCUGUCCGAGUCAUCAGCCCUGCAGUGAUGGCAGGAACCAACUGCCCUGCUCCAGGAAGGAGAAGGGACUGGAGACAGGCGAGCAUGGCUUUAUCAGAACUUUAAAUGGGGGCGGCAAGCGACCCUCUGUCAGUGCCUUUCACUCUGUGAGUGCUGACCUCAGCAGGGACGGGCUUUGUAACGGCGACAGCUCCGACGGAGAGCCCUGCGGAGGACAUCACUGGGCCAAAGGGAAUGGGGAGAGGGUUCCUCUUAGUCGACAGGUGUCCCUAGCAAGCUGCAACUCCCUGAUCCUCCACCCACGAGGUAGCUGCUCUCAGCACCGCUUGUGCCACGCACUACUGGGUCGGGCCGCCAUCAGCCCGGAGCAGCCUUCCCGAAGCCAUCUGGAUGACGACGGGCUGACGCUGCACACAGACGCCAUCCAGCAGAGGUUGAGGCAGAUCGAGGCGGGGCAUCAGAUGGAGGUGGAGACUCUGAAGAAGCAGGUGCAGGAGCUGUGGAGCCGUCUGGAGAAUCAGCAGCACGCCGGCUCCCACAGGAUCAACGGAGACAUUGGAGACGAAGUGACCUCAAUGACAGAUUCUGAGUUUAACCUGGACCCCAACUGUUUGUCGCGCUGCAGCACAGAACUUUUCUCCGAGGCCAGCUGGGAGCAGGUGGACAAGCAGGACACUGAGGUGACUCGCUGGUACCCAGACCAUUUGGCAGCCCAGUGUUACGGCUGUGAGAGUAGGUUCUGGCUUGCCACCAGGAAGCAUCACUGCAGUGGCAGGGAGCCUGUCCAGGAGGUCUGGAACUGCGGUAACGUGUUCUGUGCCAGCUGCUGCGACCAGAAGAUCCCAGUGCCAAGCCAGCAGCUGUUUGAGCCCAGCCGCGUCUGUAAGACCUGCUACGGCAGCCUCAAGCUCAGCCCGGCUCCUCUGGACCUGGAGCUGGAGAAACCCAUCACAGCCAGCUCCAACUGAGUUUCAGAGGACCGGGACGGGACGGGACGAGCCGCCAGCCGCCGACACAGGCGCACUGCUGAGGAAGAGCACAGGAGCUACACAGAAUGUCCCAUGUACUUUGUGUAUGUGUGUGUGUGCGCCGCAGAUAUGGAAUUUAAUGUGUAUAUACAGAGGAUGACGUGGCAGAGGAGCUGAAUGACGUGUUGGUGAGAUGCCGAGCGCUCUGAACGAUGGUUGUGCACAGGGGUGUUUUUUUUGUGUGUGUGUGUGUGUGUGUGUGUGUGUGUGUGUGUGUGUCCAUGUGUGAGAGGAAAUCACACAUUCGCCACACAGGGUUUGUGACGGGACUGCACUCCGAGGCCAGAGGAGUGAGAAUGGACCUCCUGGUGCCUUGGGCCAGGCAGGCAGGGAAGGUUGUCUCACUGUGUUGCUGAAGCCUCUUGGAGGGCUUUGGUCCAUUCAGUCGUUUCCCGACUCAUUAAUGCUUCUCAUCAGACUUCUACGUCCCAUCAUCUCCAUGCCUGGACUCCUUUACUCUGGAGGGUGUAUGAUCCGGAGACGUGGAACAAUCAGAAGACACUCCAUCAAUUUUAGACAUGUCUGGAUAGCUGAUGCUCACAGAUGUUUAGGGGAAGAGUAAAGGGUCAGUUCACCCAAAUUAUUCACCACUCAGUGGUGUACAAACAUGCAUCUAAUUUCUCAUUUUAUUUUUAGAUUUUUUUUCUGCUGCCACCCGACAGUGGAGGUGAAUUGAAUAUACUAUUAUUUUCAUUAUCAAUCAAUCAGCAAAUCAUUUGAUCAAUUUGUCAAUUCAUAAUUUUCUAUUUUAAAAUAGUCAACAAAAGUUGAAGUUUAGUUCCAAAGUUGUUUUUUUAAAGAUUUUUUGAACAUUUGAGAAGUUGAAAAGUGUUUUUUGCAAUUUGGCUAUUUCAUUAUAAAAUCACAAAUUGUUGUACAAUGACGUGAAGUGGUACUCCAUACGUCCAUUCAGUGUUGUGAUUUACAAAGAACAGAUUCAAACAAACAUUGUCUAAAUUGAUGCAGCAGAGGACAUAUUAGAGCCUGACCAUUUUUGGAUCUGAUACAGAUAUGAGGAAGUCAAAAUUCCAAUGUGGAUAUACCUGCUGAUAUGAAAUAUAUACAUGUAACAUUACUGUUACACUCCUAUCCAUUUUAUCACACAUAGGCAGAAUGAGCUUAGUAGUUUAAGUAACUCAAGGAUGUCACUCUUCUUGACUCCAGCUGCAUUUUGCUACAGUGACUUUAAGCUCUUGUCCUCUGGGUUGAUAACAUUGCAGGGUUGACAUCACUGACAGCGGCUUUUUGUCUCUCAUUCUGUGCUUCUCGGCACUGGAAUGUGAGUCGGAGCUCACUCUGCUGGACAAUCUAUGUGUACACACAUUUUCUAAGUUACCCAACUUUCUUUUCCUGCCUUAUAUUACCUAAAAAACAAAAAAACACUUGCACCAAUACCAAUAUAUCUGUGAUAGGCCAAUAUUGGCCCGGCUCUAGCAGCUAUGUCCUGACCUUUAGUCUCUUAUUGGGGUCAAACUCCUAAAUGCUGGAUCCAACAUUUCCCAUAAUGCAACUCAAGACCUUUCCUGCCUGGUAACAACCCACAUCUUUCAAACUCCAUGUAGGCUUUCUGUCAUAAGUUAGUGGUCUCUAUGACAUCUUAGAGUCCUCCAAAACCACAGAAGACAUUCAUUGUUUUCAAAGGCUGAGUUUCAUGAUGAGUUGUGGUGAUGAUAAUCCACAAUGUUGUCAUUUGGGUGAACUGUCCCUUUAACUUUCUCUGGGCUUUAUCUCAACUGAUAUUUGCUUCUUUUUUUGUUUUCUGCAGCUUUUGACACAGAAUGGCACAAAGCAUGUGUAUAUACAGCUAAUUGACGUGUAAAUACAAAAUAGAAAUGAAAAAAAAAAUGUUGACAAGCAGCUGUCUGUGUCAGUUUUGAGUUUGUGUUGAGAUUAAGCCCAGAGUGCAGACAGGAUGAUAAAAUCCUGAAUUUGUUUUGAAUACUUGAGGAGAGUAAAUUAUUUUUUUUGUUUAAAAACAAAACAGCCAUGUGAGUCUUACAACAGGACUAAUUCUGAUGUUAUAAAAAGCUUUUGAACAUUGGACCCUUUAACAGCCAAUGGCCCCUCAGCUCUUCAGGCUGACAGACUGUUAUUAAGCGUCUGCUGGGAGUGUAAACUGAUGUGGCAUUGUCAGUUUGUGUCAGAAGGCAGAUGAGCUGCAAGUUGUUUGUGCCGACAUGUACUGACCGACUGUGUAAUCUCUCCUGUUAGCCAUACCUUCAUGCCCUUCACUCACAGCCACCCCCUUUGUAUUAUUUUUACCCAGCAGGCACUGGGAGCUGGACGUCUCGCUCACUUUUCAGUCUGUCAGUGGAAAUCGCAAGUGAAGUUGUGAAUUUGAUAAGUUAAACUUCCAUGUUCAAAUUCUAAAGACAACGUAUUAUUUGUUUUGAGGAGACUUGACCUCAUUUGUGAUCUCCACUCUGAUUGGCUGAAACACGGAGGAGAGCAGCGGCAGCAGAAAGGGCUCUUGGCGUUUUCAAAAGUCUGUAAAUCCCAUAUGAAAUAUCUGAGAAGCUUCACUGAGACACCCACUCUGCCUAACACCCAUUCAAUGACCUCCCUGCACACACACACACACACACACACACACACACACACUUUUUUGUAAAAUAAAUGAAUAAAUAAUAUAUUCAGAUACCUAUAUAGCAUUUAAGAAAAAUGUAUAGAAUCCUUGAAAAGUGGCUCACUUAAUUAGUCACCAAAAGUUGUUUUUUUUAUUUCUUUGUUUUCUUAUGUUAUUAAUUGCAGAAAAAAACGAUAUUUUGCAACCUGUUGAAGAUAAUGGGUGUUUUGUUUUGUUUUUAAAUAGAGAUGCAGGGUGUCCUGUUUUGAUGCUGCAGUGGUUUUCCCUUUUAAAUGCGAUCAUUACUUUGAUUUAAUUUAUUAAGGUUUUGUUGUUGAAUUGCUGUUUAAAAUCCAGACAGUCAAUUGCCACAGGAUAAUCAGUGUUUAUGAGAUGAGAAAUGAAAGAUGGUUCUGAUCUGCGGCUACGACGACACUCAUUUCAUUUUUUUAUCAGCCAAUCAGAGGGAUUAGUCCAUGUUAUGAUUUACAGAUUAUGACAGGAAGGGGUUUAAAUAAGAGAUGUCAUCUAGCAUCAUGUGACCUCUGAUUAUUACCUGUUUAAAAGAAAACAAGUGUCUGUAGCCAGUGAGACGUCUAUGCACUGACACAAAAGUGGUCCAAAACAAGCAGCCUGAACCCAAAAUAAAGCUCCCCUCACUACACACAAACAUUACUCCAUUCAUCCCAUCUACAAACACUACCUCUACUUUGUACACACACUUGCUCAUACACACACAGAUUCACACUGAGCUUCUUAUAGCUUUCCACAUUUACAUUAUCGAGAAUGGCCUUUGUUGUUGUUGUUGAAAAUCUGUUGUUUUUGUUUUUCCCUUUAGUCAGCUGGAGCAUUAAAGGUACAGCACAUGAUCGCAGACUUUAAUUUUAAUGAAGAUCUUAUUGUAUUGAGACUGCCAAUCUUUGAAUCUUUCUCCAUCAUGCUGCUUGUCAGGUCAGCAGAGUGUGCUUCAUUUAGCAGAAGGCCAGAUAGUCGCCAUGUGGAAUGAUAACGCUUGACUAUCAGAGGAAAUGCAUAAAUAUACCCAUGUGAUGGACAACAUGAUACCAUUUAAUCAUACUGGAGCUGUAUCAUUGAUCUCUAAAUGUGGCGGUAGAAUCAGCAGAUGAUUGAAGUGUGCAGAACAACAACAGGCUUGAAGUGUUUAUUUUUCUCACUGCCCUCCUGUGGAAGUGGUGAACGUGCUCGACCUUCAGUCUUUCAAAUAUAGAACAGUAAAAUAGGAACCUGUUUGCUCUUUAUAGAUGAGAUGCUGUCAUUUCUGUAAAUGUACUAUUUACAAAAACACUAGGACAAGUGAUGCCACGGCAGCCAGAGUGGCAUGAAUUGAUCGAACAUGAAUUGAUUUGAGAUGGUACGACUGCAGUAAAUGUGCAGCAGAUUCAGACUUUGGUUUGAGCGUCUCUCUAAUCCAGCUCUGUUUCCUCUUCAUCCACAGAGGCUUGGAUAAACUGGAACACUGAUCUGAAAUCAGAAUAUUGACAUCUGCAUCUAAAAUGUGUAAUGGUGUGAAGCUGGCCUGUAAUCCCAGCUCAGUGCUUCACACUCCUCCCAAACUUCGUGUCCUAAAUAUUCAUCAUUAAUGAUCUUUUAAAUACAGACUUUCAAUGCCAGCCAAAGACUUAAUUUGAAAAAGAUGGCUAAAUAAGAUGCAUAAUGUCCCUUUAUCAGCCCAGACUGAGGCUUGAAACCUUACUGUGUAUUUUCACCACCAUCACAGGCAUGUGGGGCACCAAGCAUGUCUUGUUCAACAAUCCAUGAAUGUGAACUGUCUUAACAAAAGGCUAUUUUUUUGCACAUGACAUUAAGUAGACACUGCCACAGAGUGCAUCAAAAUAAAGCUGAAACUGAAAGUGUGCUGUGCUUUUCAGUAUUGUAACGAGCAUUAUGGCCGGUGGUUGUAUGUGUGUGUCUGGUAACGUGGUUAACAGGUCAUCAGUUAACACACGUUGCCAGUAUGAUCCCUUGCUGUGCUUUUUUCCCUUCCCAAGAAGUUCUCUUGGUCUGCAUAUGUUGUAUUUUUCUUCACUCACACUGACGUGCUUGAUCAGAGGCGUCACUGCAACGGCCCAGUAAUUGUGUGUCUGCGUGUGUGUGUGUGUCUGCGUGUGUCUGUGUGUGUGUCUGCGUGUGUCUUUUGGUGGAGACUGGUGCCAAGUAGUUUUAUUACGGGUCUCUCACAAAGGGAUCACUCGUGCUUUUGUUUGAUUUUCCUCUUUCUUUUCUCCCUUCUGUUUGAAAAGCACUUUGAGCCUUCUGAUGUCUGUCAGAGGAGUGUGUAGCUGUACAUAGCAAUUUCCUGUAACAACAAGUGCUCCUUGUUCAGUCUGAAUAUUUUGUUUUGUCGGAUUUACUUUAAAGAGCAUUACAUUGUUGUAGAAUUAAAAGAAAAUAAACUAGAUAAACCUACUGUGUUGUCUGCUAGCAG